CGCCCUCUUCCUCCCGAGCAGACAAGACAAGGCAGAAACUUCACCCACAGGUGCUGAGUUCCCCAGGCUGGGCAGGAGCAGGCCGCAUCCAUGGGGUCCCUGUCACUGGCCGUCGAGUGCCUGCUGGCAAUGCUGGCUGCUUUCUGCGUGGGCUGGUCCAGCAUGGAAGACACAGGCUUCCAGGUGCGGCUCCAGGGCUCCAGCUCACCAUGCCAGGGCCGGCUGCAGGUCUACAAGCAGGGAUCCUGGAGCACAGUAUGCGCACAGAGCUGGGGCCUGCGCAGAGGCUCCCUCCAGGACUUGGCCCAGGUCUCCCAACUCUGCCAGCAGCUGCGCUGUGGGGAGGUCUGCAGAUUUGGUGUGAUCUCUACCUUCAGUGCACCCCAGUCCUGGCUGCCUCAGAUCACCUGCUUCGGAGCCCCAGUCUCCUUCUUCAACUGCAGCAGCAAUGCAGCAGGCUGGUGCCAACCACUCAGCCUGAUCUGCUUAGAGCCCCAGAAGACGACACCGCCACCCACAAGCCCCCCACCCCCCACCACACCAGCGCCCACAGCUCCGCCCAGGCUGUGGUUGGCAGCUGGGCCCAGGGGCCUGCAGUGUGCGGGCACUGUCGAGUUCUACAGUGGCCACCUGGGCGGUGUCAUCGGCUACCCAGCCCCAGAUGACAAGGAUGACAUGCUCUGGGGCCUGGGCACCCUCAUCUGCAGGAGCCUGGGCUGUGGCUCCUUCCUGAGGAGGUUGCCAGGGCCUGAAGUCCCAAGGCCCAUCGGGUGGACGGUGCAGAAUGCGAGUUGCACAGCCCUGCCGCAGUGCUUCCGGCAGGCGCAUCGUGGGGAGGCCGGCCUGGCCCUGGCGCUCGUCUGCUCCGGUUUCCAGCCCAAGGUGCAAAGCCGCCUGGUGGGGGGUGGCAGCACAUGCCAGGGCACUGUGGAGGUGCGCCAGGGUGGCCCGGAGGCACAGUGGGUAGCCCUGUGCCACAGCACCCGGAGCUCAGCACGGUGGGAAGCGCUAUGCCAGGAGCAGCAGUGUGGCAGGUUCCUCACCUACCAUGAGCUCGAUGCCGUCGUGGGCACCCGCGGACUCCUCUGCCCUGAGAAGCUGCUGUCCGAGUGCCAUGUGCUUGAGGAGAGGAGGUCCUGCCGGAGGGCGUACAUCACCUGCCAGGAUCCCCACCCCCCAGGCCUGGCUGCGGGCACUGUGGGGAGCAUUGUGCUGGCCCUGCUGCUCUUGGUUGUGCUGCUGGUGCUGUGUGGUCCCCUGGCCUACAGGAAGCUGAUGAAGAGAGUCCGCCAGAAGAAGCAGCGGCAGUGGAUCGGCCCAACGGGGAUGAACAUGUCUUUCCACCGCAACCACACUGCCACCGUGCGGUCCCAAGCUGAGAACCGCCCAGCAUCACACGUGGACAAUGAGUACAGCCAGCCGCCCCGGAGCUCCCACCUGUCUGCUUACCCAGCUCUGGAAGGGGCCCUACGCCUCUCUGCUGCCCAGCCUGACAACUCCUCAGACAGCGACUACGACCUGCACACCGCACAGAGGCUCUGAGCAGGUGCUGAUGGGCGUCAGGUGCAGAACUACAAGAGCGAGUGUGUGGAAGCCACCCUGAGAGUGAAGUCUGCUGUGGGCCUCGUUUACAGAGCCUGCCAACGCGCCCCAGCCCCCAGCAUGCAAGCAACAUACCAUGCAGGACACUGGACAGACCUGUGUGGCCUUGCAGAGAAAAGCCCUGACCCUGGGCCUGCAGCCAUCCCAAGUCCCAGCCACCCCGAACUGGGCACCAGGAUCAGGGAACUGCGAGCCAGACCUGCGGCCGCUAUCCAGAUGUGACAUCUUCACCUCCACCCUGCCCGCCAGGACAAGGCAAGGACCCCAGCCACAGGAACCCAGGCUAGCCCAGCUGGGCCCUCCAUGUGGACCCCAUAAUAGGUAUGACCCUGCACACAGAGACUCAGGGUGCCCAAAGGGUCCCCCUUUCUGCGCCAGGGCCCUGGGCUUUCUGGACUCUGCCACUAACCCACAGUGAAGGAACCCCUCCUGGGGAGUCCUUUGGUAUACCUGAACACCUUUGUUCACCUAAAUAAUGCUUCUCCUCCCGAGAGCAUGGCUGCUCUGACCUCUCCCAUCCUGCCCCCACACCUACCCCCGGGGACUGUCACUAUCCCAUGGAGGACACCUUCCAGGCAAGGGCCUGCAUCUCAGGGAGCACGGACCCAUGGUUCUGACUAGAGCCAGCCCUGGGGCAGCACAGGAAGGACCCGGGUGUUGGGUGGACACAGAGAGGACACAGCACCACACAGCCUGCAGCUGGGACCCUUCCUAAACCAAAGCUCUUGUCACUUGACCACCACACCAUGGUCAGAGCCACCACACCUAUUUAAAAAAAUCCAAACAGGAACAGGAAGCACAGUCGAGGUCAAGUCUUUAGAAACUGACAAGUGACCAGGCUCAGCGAGACUUGUGUAACCACCCUGCUGUCCCCAAGGCUCCUGCCAGGUUCCCACCUUGCCUGCAGAACAGACCUGGGGCCCCUGGCAGGGGCUGCCCUCUCCCUGUGAGAACCUGUGAUGACCAGCGGUCCUCGGGAGCCAGGCAUGAGCACUGUCCCAUUAGGUAAACUGAGGACCCCAAGGAAAGCCAGGGCCCUGAUGUGCACCCAAAGGAGACUUCGGCGUCCCUGGCUGGUUCAGUCACGUGUCUGUGCUGGUCUCCCCAAUCUGGCUGGACACAGAGAACUGUUGACCUCAAGGGACAAGGGAGGACCCUGAGGACUGGGAUGUGCCACCGUCUCAAGCGUGCAGGGAAGUGGGGGCAGCCACGGCCUCUCCUUCCUGCCUGGCUCGGCUCCAACCCAAGCAUGUAACAGGGCCUCGUAACACUUACAGCUCCAUCUGCAAGGCCAGCGUUCUCCAGGCCCUGGGGUCCCGGGUGAAGGCAAAAAUGGGGACAGAGAACCACGGGGCUUGGCAGAGCCCAUCUGACCCAGGCCUUCUUCCUCAUAAAAACUGGGCUGAGCUCCAGAGGUGAUGGCACCAGCCAGAGGAGGACACUACUCGGCCUGGAGGAUAUAGUGCUGUCUGUACCUAUCACCCUCAGGGACAGAGGGCAGAAGGCUGGCUUGAGGACUCAGAAGCACCAGGGAGACCAGCUGGGCAGGGCCUCAGGGCAGCAGGCAUGCACAGGUCAUGGCUGAAGGUAGCAGCCCCAGACUCUGCCUUGGGUCUUCGGUCCUAGGCACAUCCUGCAGCCCCCUGUAUGGCCUGGUCAGCCACGGCCAGCAGGUGUCAGGAGCGAGGCGCCCCCUUGUGGACCUCUUGUAGCUGCUGGCACAGCCACAACCAAACAAUGGGGCUGGCUCAUAGCCACUUCCAAUGGAGACUCAGCAUAGCAGGCAAAAGAAAGUUGGGGAACUGGCACACAGGGAGGGGCAGAAGGUGGCCACAGAAGGGGUACCAAGGGGGACACAGAAGGUGGACACAGAUGGGUGCUCCAUCAGAGCACAUUUCUGGGGCUGUAGGGGGCAGGUGCCACAGAGGCAGCAGGGUACCAGUAUAACUAGUCCAUGUUUAUUGUGGCAAGUUGUGACACAGCUGGCUGAGCCAGGACAGGAUCACUGGGACUCCUCUCAAUGUUGGGGCACAGCCCUGGACCUGCACACACCUACCCACAACACGUGGGGCUAGGCAGCCUCCCAAGGCCAGGCACCCUCACCCCUGCACCCAUCAGAAGUGGAGAGCCCAGCAGGACGGUUCAAGGCACUAGAUUUCCUGACGCCACAGUGUGGCUGCGGCUUCGGGGUCUGCCGGAGACACUCACCCAAGCGCCAUGCCCAGCCUGCUCUGCAUGCCGGGGGGCUGCCACUCAGGCUGGGGCCCAUGCCUGGCUGCUGUGACGAUCCGCAGGGGCUGCAGGUCGGGGAUGGGGCUCAUGGGGUGGGUAAGGGGAGGGACCAUUUGUAUGUGAGAUUCAAGGCACAAAGGGAUAGGGGCUCUGGCUGCCCCGCCCCCACUCCCCAUCCUGCCGAGACCUCCUGGGCUCCAUGCUCCUCCAUCUAGUCAGAGCUCCAGGGGACCGACGCAAGGCCUUCACAGUGCACCCAGCCCAGGGUACAGCCUCGCAGGUCCGUGAUGGCUUCACAGGUGGAUGCUCUGCUCUGGCCCAGCACCCGUGCUGGUGCCAACCCUAGAUGCAGAUGGGCGGGGCCGUCUCAUGCACAUCCAGAUGUCCCCGGGGCAGGCACAAUCAGUUGGCUCAUUAGAAACCCGAGAACCCCAUAGCAAGUCCCUGAAAGGGGCAGCCCGGGCUGCUAGCUGGAGGCCACAGUGCAUGGUCACACUGCCAAGGCCACCUCCACAGAGCCUGUGCCACUCCUGCCCCUUGGUCUCUGUGCCAGGAGGGUGACCCACCUAGUACCCAGGCCAGCUGGGGCCUGAGGGUGGGGGGAAGCCGUAGGGGGGUGUGGGCCUGGUGGGGUACGGGGGCCCAGGGGGCACUGGGGGCUGGGGCUGGGUGGAGAAGCCGGGCAGCGGAGCCUGUGUGGGGUAGGGGGGCUUCCCUGCCAUGGGGAGAAAGGGGGACUGCUGAGGAUAGCCAGGACUAGGGACCCGGCCCCCCGCCAAGGGGUAUCCAGGACCUGAGGUGCUAGUUGGGGGUGUGGGAUAGCUCUGCUGGGGUGGCACGCCCCUGACGGGGGACCAGGCAUAGCCCAUGGCCACCCCGGGCCGGGGUCCAGGAGGUGCCCCAUAGGCUGAGGGCUGGGCCACCACUGGGAAGGGGGCUGGCGGCAGGGCGCCCUGGGCAGUGGGGCCAACAGGCAGGCUGGGUAUCGGACUAUAGGGCAAGGGGUAAGGGGGUGUAGUCGAUGGCGGUGGCUGCACUUGUGGCGGGGGUUCCUCAGCCACGGGGGGCACAGCCUGGACAGUAGGGCGUGGUGGCACCGGUGGCCGGGGUGGAGGGGUGUCCCCCGCAGGCUCCUGAGGCACUCGGGGCCUCCUCACCACAUCCUGCAGCUUCUCUACCCGCACGCGGCGCAGGUGCGAUAACGUCCGCAUGGCUGAGAAGUCCUCCAGGAACCGCUCCAGUGGCACCUCACCCUCCAGGAACCGCUCAGCCAUGGCCUGCGGACACAUGGGGUGAUGACUGUGGGCAUGAGAACACUGGCCUUGGCUCCCCCAGUUCACAGCAGCUCACAACGCCUGUGUCUCCACUGUCUGGGGUCCCCAUAGUCCCCUACUGACACCUGUGCGCCAUUAGUCCUCUGUGUCCCUUGAGGGAACACCAAGGCCUUCAGUGCUCCCAGCCCAGCAGUGGGGCAGAGAGAAGCCUCUGCCUGAGACUGAGGGACUUGGGGGAUGGAGACAGGGUGGGGCAGGGGCAGGUGGCCCUGGCCCCCAUGGGAUCCUGGCUCCCCACAUGGGGGCCACCAGGGCAGCAGUCCCCAUCUAAGGUCAGCCCAGCCCAAAAAUACAAAAUGGAAAAUUCUAGCAACGAA